AUGCCUCUUCACCAGUACGACUACAUCUUUGCCAUCGGCACCAUCUUCGCGUUCCUGGACGCGUGGAACAUUGGUGCCAACGAUGUCGCCAACUCUUGGACUACGUCGGUUUCAUCCCGAUCCAUCAGCAACAUCCAGGCCAUGGCUCUGGGUUCCAUCCUCGAAUUCGCCGGUUCCGUCGGUGUCGGUGCCCGUGUCGCUGAUACUAUCCGUACCAAGGUCGUCGACCCCAAGGCCUUCAAGGACGACCCCGCUCUUCUCAUGCUCGGAAUGAUGACUGCUAUCGUCGGCUCUGCUACCUGGCUUACAAUCUGCACCAAGAUCGGUCUUCCCGUCUCUACCACCCACUCGCUCAUGGGUGGUGUCAUCGGAAUGGGUGUUGCUCUGAUUGGUGCCUCUAGGAUUACCUGGGUCAACUUCAAGAGCGGCGACAUUAGCGGUGGUGUCGUCUCUGUUUUCCUCGCCUGGAUCAUUGCUCCUUGUCUCUCUGCUGCCUUCGGCGCUAUCAUCUUCCUUGUCACCAAGUAUGCAGUGCUCCUCCGCACCAACUCUGUUAUCAAGGGUCUCAUUGCUACACCCAUCUACUUCUUCACCACCGCUGCCCUCCUUGUCAUGCUUAUCUGCUGGAAGGGUGGCUCUAUCAGUCUUGACCAUCUCACCGAUGCCGAGGUUGCUGGCAUCAUUGUGGGUGCCGCCGCUGCCUGGGCUCUGCUCGUCACCAUCUUCCUCGUCCCUUGGAUGUACCGCAUCAUCGUUAAGGAUGAUUGGCAGCUCCGCUGGUGGCACAUCGCCUAUGGCCCUCUCCUGCUCAAGCGCCCCGAGCCUCCCGCUCAGCCCGAGGGUGCCGCCGGUGGUAUCCGUGAUUUCUACGCCGGCCACUUGACUGCUGAUGAGCUCGACAACCUCCGUCACCGCCGCCCUGAUGAGGAGGCUGCUGCUGAGACUCACGCUAAGGAGGGCAAGGAGGCUAACGAGUCUUCUUCCGAUGUUGCUGCCCACCCCGCCCCCGCCCGAAACGAGACUCCUGUUGAUCAGACUGGCUCCCUUGUUGGCCCCAAGCCCGAGGGUGUCUGGUACAGCGGCCCCGUCCUCUUUUGGUGGAUCAAGUGGAUCCUUCUCCGUGGUGUUGACCAGGACAUCGUCUCCGCCCAGAAGCAGGAGAGCAUCCUCACCGGUGAUCUUGCUGCUGUCCACGCCGCUGUCCCUCACUACGACAACAAGACUGAGUUCCUGUACACCUUCGUUCAGAUCAUGACUGCUUGCACUGCCUCAUUCACUCACGGUGCCAACGAUGUCUCCAACGCUAUCGGUCCCUAUGCCACUAUCUACGAAGUCUGGUCCACUGGCAAGCUCAACACCUCCAAGUCUCAGGUCCCCAUCUGGAUUCUCUGCUUCGGUGGUGCAGGUAUCGCUCUUGGUAUCUGGACUUACGGCUACAACAUCAUGCGUGUCCUCGGUAACCGCCUGACCCUCCACUCUCCUUCUCGUGGUUUCUCCAUGGAGCUUGGCUCCGCCAUCACCAUCAUUGUUGCCACCCGUCUUAAGCUCCCCGUCUCCACCACCCAGUGCAUCACGGGUGCCACCGUCGGCGUUGGUCUGUGCUCCGGUACCUGGCGAUCCAUCAACUGGCGCAUGGUCGCCUGGGUCUACAUGGGCUGGAUCGUCACCCUCCCCGUCGCUGGUAUCAUCUCUGGCUGCCUCUGCGGUAUCAUCAUCAACGCUCCCCGCUGGGGCUACGAUCCCUCCACCCUCUCUUAA